GGAUCAUGUCAGGAAGACCUCAAUAGAUUCAUAGACCUUGCGCUCUUUUGUCCUUUUGCGUUUCAUUUGUUUCAGGCUGCCUCUAUUCUGUUUUCCUUUCCCUUUAACACGCCUCUAUUGCUGGGGUUGAAGACAUCCAGCUGGUGACCUGAAUAUACUUCGUCAAAAGUGUACAAAUUGACAUACCAUGAUCUUGGGUCCGAUAAAUGGAAUCGACUGCGUUGCAUUUGUUAUAUUUCUGAUCCCACAAUUGAUAUUUCAGGUGGACUGGCUUUCGUUGAUUUCUGUGCUGCUCAAAGUAGUCCCUUUCCUAGUCAUCCGUCUACCAUAUCAACUGGUUCAGGAGCGUUACUUUGCAAAGCAGGAAGACCAGUCGCCUUUCACUCAGCAUGCCAGUCUGUUCCAGGACGUGGUCAUACGUUGUGUGAGGUACGCCUUUGCCAAAAUUCCUGCCAGUGUAGGACGAGUCUUCUUCUCCAAAGGGGUGGCCCUUCCGUUCUUUCGCUUCCGCCUGCUGCGACAUGGUCACAUCCGUUCUCCCAUUUUCUACAAGGAUAUCAUCAGGCAUGGCGCGAGAGGCCUUUGGAUCAUCGGGGAUCCAGACUCUGAGCCAGACAUCAUUAUUUAUUAUGCCCAUGGCGGUGGGUUCUCGAUGGGCUCGGCAUAUUUUUAUAUGGAGUUCUUGAUGGCCUGGUUGACUCGGCUGAAAGAAAGCGGCUUCAGUAACCCAGCCGUUUUUGCACUCGAGUACACUCUGGUACCUGAUGCUCAGUGGCCAACGCAAUUCAACGAGACACGGGCUGGAUAUAAGUUCUUGCGAGAGGCAUUCGGAGAUGGUUCAGCGGCAAAGAUAUGCGUGAGCGGCGAUUCUGCUGGGGCCACACUAAUCUUGAGCAUGUUACUGCAACCUGGAGAGCUCGAGAAGAAUCCUCAAUUUCGGUCUUUGCAUCGACCGGGCUUGGCAAUCCUGUUGUCUCCUUGGACGCACCUUGUCUCGGAGCUGAACCAGAACACACCCAGUGACUAUCUAGACAGAGACAGCCUUCAUCUCUAUGCAAAACAAUAUGCAGGAAACGCCACACGGACGGAUGGAGUAAUCUCACCCGGCUUGAAUACGGAUCGGUGGAAACAGGCAUCGCCACUGAACGGUUACCGUGUCGUGUACGGAGCAGAAGAGGUGUUUCAACCUGGCAUCUCAGAAAUGGUCCACCACAUGAAGAAGGACGGCGCCGUGGUCAAAGCUUCAGAGCUAGAAGCAGGGAUUCAUGCGUGGCCAGUAGUGAGCCUGUUCCUGGGCGAAACUCGGGAAGAACGACUGCAGGGAUUGGACAUCAUGACCGACUUUAUCAUGUCGUCGAGUUUGGCUUCCAGUAUAGGAAAGACGACAUAGAGGAUCGGUGCCGGUAUGAGGAUGUAGCCAUCAGAUUAGAUCAAGUUUAAAAGGGCCUUCAUGAAUGGCUUUGUAGAUUGCUCAACGACGACCACGAGUACUAGUAAGCACUCGGGUUGUCGCGUCGCAAGAAUUCUUUCUCAAAGACAUCUCCGACAUUGCUCUGUCAUCACUUGGCUAUUCAUACGGCAAAAUGAAGCGAUCCUCGUACUCAUGCGACGUGGAUCGAGGGAUGUGUCCUGGAAAUUGCAGACCAGCGCACUUUCAUGUCGUGUGGGGUGUUAUAGACGAGAGGUGUCUUCUAAGGGCAUGUAUGUGAAGUCGGCGAUGUAUGCAUCAAUCAUUGCAGGCCAGUCGACAGUGCCAGACUAUAGGUGACAUGUGGCUGCGAGAUAAGUAGUAUAAUAACAAGUGUCGA